AUGCGUUCAUUAAGUGCACAAAGAUUUAAAACUGAUGGACGACAAGAGGAUAUACGACCACAAGUAGCACCAAGACAAAAUCGAACAAUUGGACAAGGUAAAUUGAUUGAAUUAAAUCCACAAGAUUUUAUCCCAAAAUAUGAACAAAGAUGGGGUAAAGACAAGGUGAAUACAAUGCAUCGAUUUGAUAGAGCGACAACUGAACCUUUAGAAAUAGAAAAAUCCAAUCCUGAUCAAUCACCAUAUUUAAAUUAUUCUAAAUUAAAUAGAGUGGAGUAUAUUAAUACUUCGACUAAAAUAAAUUUAAUAUCUUCACCAACUACUGAAAAGCAAAUAUAUGAUGCUUAUUCAAAGAACACUACAUCAUUUUCUGAUAUAAAAGAUGCUGAUCACGAUUCAGGGACAGAAAAUUCAAAUGAACGUCAAAUGUUGUCGCCAGAACAUGAUAUGAUAAAAAAUAAUAUCCAACAUGAAAAUAUUACUUCAAAUGCAGCAGUUAAAUCGAAACACUUUACAAAUGAUAAUCGCAAGGUAGAAGAUUCAAAUUUAAAGAAUGAAAUUGAAAGUGAACAUCGUCUUAGUUUAGAUCAUUCUGAAGGCAAAGAAUCUUCUGAAAUCAAAAAUGUACCAGAUAAAAUUUAUGAUCAUAGUGAAUUUCAUUCUGUAGACGCUGAAGGUGAAACAGAAUCUGAAGUAACCGAUGGAUUUGAUCAAAUAUCUGAUUUAAGUUGUUUAACUUCACUGCUUGAUACUUGUUCAUCAAGACAUCGUAGUCUACUUGCCAACAGACCAUCAGCACUUGAACAUCUUUUAGUAAGUGUUGGCUGGUGGCCUGUACAUCCAGAUGCUGAACAUCAUUAUCUUCCUCCGACUGCAGCUGAAGCUAUUUCUAUAGCAGCGCAUGAAUUUGAUGUUAAAGAAGAUUCACAUCGUUAUGAAUACUUUCAACUUAUUUCUGGACCACAAAGUUUUAAACCAUUAAACUUAGGAGAAUUUGGAUUGAAUCAACUAUCUAGUACUAUUGUACGUCAUCCAGUGGACGGCUUACUGUAUAUCAGUUGCAGUAAGUCAACAUGUUCAACAAAGCCAGUACCAGUGUCUCAAGCCUCUAGAUGGUGUGCUUGUGCUAAUUGUUUUACACUAUAUUGUUCAAAUAAGUGUAGAGAGGAAUGUGAGAAAAAUGCUAAUGAUCACCCUAUGAAUUGUUCCUUUUCUAGAGCUAAGAGAGUGUGCAACCGUUUAUUAAGAAAUCUUGCACCUGGUCAAAUCACAGGUCUUACUGCACUGGCUAAAACUGGAAUGGCACGUCUUGGAAGAGGUGGAAUACUCUUACCCUUUGCGCUGAUUAGACAUGCUGAAAUAUUUUUACAGCGUUCACUUGAACAUUCAUUUGUAAAUGAACAGUUGAAUGAUGCAUCUAUGGAAAAAGCAGUUCAAAAAUGGGAGAAAUUUCAUCAACCAAGCCCUGGAGGUCUAAUGGCACCACCAACUUAUUUAACACUUAGUGAAUUAGAAGAGUUAGACUCAACUAUUGUUAAUCCUUGCCUAUCAUAUAAUCCUGCAUCAAGUAUGGUAUUAAUUGUUGUUGUUUGUGCAUAUGAAUUAAUUGCUCGAUCCGAUGGUCGACCAGUACAUUUAUUUAAGCAAAGUUUAAUCCUACCUUUCCCAUCGCGUCAAAAUGUAAGAAAUAAAAAUGAAGUGAAUGCAUCUCAAAAUACUCAAGUGGCUGAAAAUCCAUCACAACCACCAUCCUCAUCCUCAGCACUUCAAACAAAUGGUGCUCCAAAUAAAUCUAACAAACAAGCAAUGGCUGCCAGAGAAGCAUACAUGCUACGGUUACAACGUAUGCUUCGUGAAAGAGGUGUAAGCCUAAGACAUCAUUAUCCUGAAAUCUACACAAAAAUUGCUCAUUUCGUUGAAACUGGUAUCCCAUUCACUUCAAUACGGAUAACAUUUGAUGAUUUUCUACUUCAACAACAAGUUAAUUGUAUUAUUCAACCAAUGAAAAAUUUGUAUAUAGAACCAGUUAAUAAAAAUUAUGAAGUUGAACAACAAAAAAACCCCAUUGAAACAGAAAAAACAUCAACUAAUUUACAAUCAAAACAUGUAAAAAAUUCAAAAUCUUUUGAAAAAUCUAUAAUUAAUUGUCAAAGACUAACUGAAACUAAUUUCUAG